ACCUAUCCGCGUUUCGCCAUUUUCAUAUAUAGAAACACUUUCCUUAUAUAGGCAAAUUCAAUCAGAAGACUGACCCAAAACGACGAUUGUGAAGCCUCCUUUUGUCUCCAUUAACCGCAAGUUUUUCCUCUCUUACUUUUUCCUCGGAUAAUUCUCUCCGUUUUCCUCAUAUCUAAACACUGAUUUCGUCUUCCCCAUUUUUGCUUCUUCUCGCAAAUUCAAUUUCUGUGAGAGAGAAAGUAGAGAGAGUGUGUGAGAUCGGCGAUGGGGAGAGGAAAGAUAGUGAUAAGAAGAAUUGACAAUUCGACGAGCAGGCAAGUGACGUUCUCGAAGAGGAGGAAUGGAUUGUUGAAGAAGGCGAAGGAGUUAGCGAUCCUUUGCGAUGCGGAGGUCGGAGUCAUCAUCUUCUCCAGCACUGGCAGGCUCUACGAAUAUUCUAGCACCAGCAUGAAGUCGGUGAUUGAAAGAUACAACAAAACAAAGGAGGAGAAUCACCAAUUGGCAACUCCAACUUCUGAGUUUUGGCAAAGAGAAGCAGCAAUGCUGAGGCAACAACUUCAAAACUUGCAAGAGAAUCAUCGCUUGCGCGCACCUCGACUAAUUCCACGGAAUACCUAUCACCUCCCACCGGCAACAGAUAUCAGACAAAUGAUGGGUGAACAGCUUUCUGGUCUGAGCGUCAAAGAUUUACAGAACUUGGAGAACCAACUGGAAAUGAGUCUCCGUGGUGUUCGUGUAAGAAAGGAUGAAAUUCUGAUUGAUGAGAUACAAGAACUAAACCGAAAGGGAAACCUCAUCCAUCAAGAAAACAUGGAACUAUAUAAGAAGGUAAACCUAAUUCGUCAAGAAAAUAUGGAAUUGUAUAAGAAGGUUUAUGGAAAUAGAGAUGCAAAUGGAGUGAGCGGAAAUUCCCUUGCUCCGAACAGUUUAAGCAUUAAUGAAGACCCCCACGCUCCUGUACAUCUCCAGCUUAGCCAGCCACAGCAACAAAACUAUGACACAUCAGGAACUACCGAAUUGGGGCUACAGCUGCAUUAGCGGGAAAACCAGACUCGUAAGAGUUUUGAGUUCUCAUGUUGAAGAAGCAGCCCGUGCUUACAAAGCUAUGUUUUAAUUAGUAAUGGUAGUAGUGGUAUAGGACCAGGGAUGUCAGGAAAAAUCUUCCGUUUCAUAUGGUUAAUGUCAGCAAGUUUGACAAGUGUGAGGUAAUCCAUAGCACAGCUACUUAAGUCAAAAUAACAACAAAUAAAAGAAUACAUUGGCACAGUA